CGCGUCUCACUCCGCGCCGCGCCUCACAAGCGAUCGGUUGUCACGAACCCGCUUGAAGUUAGUAUAUUACCAAAUCACUUGUUGAGAGGUUCAUUUGUCAGUUCCAUUCUUGUUAUGUUUAUUAAUUCUGUCAAAUAGACAUUUUGGAAUUAGAAGUACUAACUCUGUCAAGAAGGCCAUUCAUUCUACUAUGACUACAUAGCUUAACUUCAAAAGUCAUCAAGCGGCAUACACGUCUCGUCUAUCCGUUGUGUUAAAUAACAAUCUUAUUAAUGUUAUAUAAACAUGUGAACGCGGCUUUACCGUUUCAAAUUUCCAUAUAACGGUGAUUUGAUGUGUCGCUAACGUCUCAGUCAUGUUGCUGCUUUUGUUCUGUGCUGUUCUGUUCUCGGUCGAGGGCUGUUACUGGAGUGCCCAGUGCCCCUAUGGCCUGUACUCUUCGAAGACUCCUUAUGAAACCGUCAGAGGAGAUAUUAGAGACUACGCUGUGCCGCAAAAUUGCCAAGCUGUCAGCAUAUGGACCAUAAAUCGCCAUGGCAACCGUAAUCCUGGAAAUAGCGUCACAACUGCCAUGAAGGCCAUGGUUAACCUGAAGAACGAGAUCAUUGCUAGCUAUGAUGCUGGAAGAGGCCAAAUGUGCGCUCAGGACAUAGACGAACUCAGAAGGUGGAAUUGGAACGAUACCAUGGACGUAUCCCAGUCUUUCUUAACUGGUACUGGAUAUGAAGAGUUGUAUGACAUAGCUAAGAGAAUCAGGCAGAAAUACCCUCAUCUUCUAGAAGGUUCUGACCAGGACUACUACUUCAGACCUACGAAUGAGCAAAGGACGAUUACCAGCGCCAUGGCUUUUGUCCAUGGGCUGACAGAUGGCACAAAUCUGACAUUACAGGCGGACAAAGAGCGGAAAAAAGACGAGGUUAUUAGACCAUAUGAAAACUGCGAUCGAUACCAAGAAGACGUGAAAAACGGCCAAGCAUUAGAGGAUGAGAUCGCUGCUUAUCACAGAACCGCUGAGUAUGUUGCUGUCCAAAACGCAGUCCAGCAACGCCUAGGCAUCACAACCCAACUCUCGACAGAAGACGUCUAUUCACUCUACGAGUUGUGCAGAUUCUACCGCUCAUGGACAGAGAACCUUCGGUCUCCAUGGUGCGCCGCCUUCACCGAACAGGACCUAGUGGUAUUGGAGUAUAGAGAUGACGUCAGGCAUUAUCAUAGGAAUGGAUAUGGGUCCUGGGUCAACGUAAAUCUUGGAGCGGCACCUCUAAGAGACUUAUACAAGACCUUUGAAGCUGUAGUGGAGAAUCAGAGUAGUAGAAAAGUGGUCUCCUAUUUCACGCACGACACGAUGCUCGAGAUGGUGUUCUGUGCCAUGGGUAUAUUCAAGGAUGCUACGCCGCUGCGGGGUGCGACUAGGGAUGUUAAUAGAUUGUGGAGGACUAGUUAUAUUGGCGCUUUCUCAGUGAACAUCAUUGCUGUUCUCAAUAGAUGUGGAGCUACCGGACCCCAGAGCUACAGGGUCCAGAUCUUCAUCAACGAGAAGCCAACAGAGCUCUGUCCCCUCGAAGGUUGCUCCUGGCAGGAGUUCAUGAACAAGUUCCAGCCCUUCCUCACUUCCACAUUGGACUUCUGCAGUAGAGACUACAGGGUUCCUGUUGCUGAUAGUGCAGGCGAUUUCAAAGGAUACCUGCAUUGGCUAGUCAUUUUGCAAAUAAUUUUAAUUCAAAUUUGGAGGUUAUGAUAAGUGUUACGACUUUAGGAUUAAGUUAAUUUAUUGAAUAUAGUUUUAUUUUUAAUGUU